AUGAAGAUAUUUACUCCGGGAAGAGUAAAAGACAAAGAAACAGUUGGAUUUGUAAUUGCUGUGAAGUCAAGUACAGCCCUGCUGGCGGGCGCGGCCGCCCAGGGCGCUGCGGGGGCGGCGGACCCCACCGCCGCCGCCGCCGCCGCCGCUUCCUCCGCGCUCUCGCUCGCCGGCUCCCUGCCCUCCGACGAGGACGACGACGACGAGGACGAAUCCGACGAGUCGGAGGACGACGACGAGGACGAGGAGGAGGACGAGAGGGACAGCUCCACGGAUAUCGAUGCGCGCGGCGCGGGCGGCGUGUGCGGCACCGGCGGCUGCUGCGGUCGCGGGGCGCGCGGCGGCGGCGGCGGGGGCGGGGGCGGCGGGCGGCGAGAGCGCAUCCGUCUACACGCGCCGCCGCGUCACUCGACGCGCUGCACGCUGGUGCCCAGCCACCAACGGCUGCCCGACGAGCGCGCGCGCCGCCUCACGCAGGUCGACACCAUCCUCAUCUCCAGUAGCCUGAGAACCAGUGCUGUACCCGCCAGCAAAGUGCAAGCCCUGGCAGCACUUCGGUGCAAUGGAGAGGCGUGGAGUCGAUAUAGCCUGCUCGCCAGCAAGUCCUGUGCUUUGUCACGCGCUUUCGAAGCAACCCGCGUCGCCCCGGACUCUCCGGGCCGCCGUUAG